AUGAGUACUACACAUAGACCAUUCUCAUUGGUGCACGGAUCCAUUGAGUAUACUUUACUCGUUCCAACUGCAAGCUUUUUCAAGUUUUCUCAAUUGAAGGAUCAAUUCGCUAAGACUCUCCCUGAACCAACCGAAGGCUUUGCAGGAGACAACGAACCAUCAUCUCCUGCUGAAUUAUUGGGAAAAUUUUUGGGCUACGUUGCUGAUUUGGUUGAUCCAAACUCUCCAAAUGGUCAAUUCGAUGAGGUUUUGACCCUUACAUUGCACGAUUUCGAAUCCAGAUAUCUUUCCAAGAGAGAAAUCCACACUUUCGCUGCAAGUCUCUUGAAAGACGAAGAUGUUUACCCAACCACACUCAUAAAGGCUAGAGAAUUAGUAAAGAGCUACAUCCAAGCUUUGAUUAAUUCCAAUAAUAAAUUCGAAAAGACGGAAUCGUCUCUCUUGAAGAACUCGAGUGUUGUGUACAAUGACAAAAAUGCCAAGAUUGUUGCAAUUUUCGGUGGUCAAGGUAACACUGACGACUACUUUGAAGAAUUGAGAGAAUUAUACAACACUUACAAUGGAUUGGUUUCUCCAAUUUUAAAGCAAAUCGAUAACAAGGUUAAGCAAUUGGUUAAGUCUACUGCAAACACAGACAAGAUUUAUACCCAGGGUUUCAAUAUCUUAGAAUGGUUAUCUUCAGAAGACAAAACCCCAUCUCAAGAUUACUUGUUAUCAGUUCCAGUUUCAUGUCCAUUGAUCUGUGUUAUCCAAUUAUGUCAUUAUGCCAUCACUUGUAAAAUCUUAGGUUUGACUCCUGGUGAAUUCAGACAAUAUUUGGCUGGUACUACUGGCCACUCCCAAGGUUUAGUUACUGCAAUUGCCAUUUCUUCUUCUGAUUCUUGGGAUUCUUUCUUGGAAAAUUCGUUGAAGGCUAUUUCUUUAUUAUUCUACAUUGGUUCCAGAUGCUUACAAACAUACCCAAGAACUACUUUACCUCCAACUAUGUUACAAGACUCUUUGGCCAACGGUGAAGGUAGACCAUCUCCAAUGUUGUCCAUUAGAGAUUUAUCUAUUGAAGAAGUACAAUCCUUCAUUGACCAGACUAACAAGCAUUUACCUGUCGAUAAGCACAUUGACAUUUCCUUGAUCAACGGUGCCAGAAACUUGGUUGUUUCUGGUCCUCCAGAAUCUUUAUACGGUUUAAACUUGACUUUGAGAAACAAUAAGGCUGCUUCAGGUUUAGAACAAUCAAGAAUUCCUUUCCUGGAAAGGAAAUUGAAAUUCUCAAACAGAUUUUUACCAAUUUUCUCUCCAUUCCACUCUCAUUUAUUGAACAAUGCUACUGAUUUAAUUUUGGAUGAUUUAGCAAACAACGAAGACUUGGAAUGGGAAGUUUCUGAUAUCAAAAUUCCAGUCUAUGAUACUUUCAAUGGUUCAAAUUUCCAAGACUACAAGAAGGAAUCAAUUGCCGCUAGAGUAGUUAAGUGCAUUACUCAAUUGCCUGUUCAUUGGGAAAAGGCUACCGAUUUUCCUUCAACUCACUUGUUGGAUUUUGGUCCAGGUGGUGUAUCUGGUUUAGGUGUUUUGACCCAUAGAAACAAGGAAGGUACUGGUUCCAGAAUCAUCAUUGCAGGUACUUUGGACAUCCAAGCUGCUGAUGAUGAAUAUGGCUUCAAGCAAGAAUUAUUUAACCAGGAUCCUCUUUCUAUUAAAUGGGCAGCUAAUUGGUUAGAAGAGUACAAACCAAAAUUAGUUAAAACCUCUACCGGUAAAGUCUUAGUUGACACUAAAUUCUCAAAGUUAUUAGGAAGAGCACCAUUAAUGGUUCCAGGUAUGACUCCAACUACUGUCAACCCUGAAAUUGUUGCUGCUACAAUUAAUGCUGGUUACCACAUUGAAUUAGCUGGAGGUGGUUAUUUCAACGGCCCAUCAAUGGAAGCUGCAUUAACUGAAGUCGCUAAAAAUGUAACACCAGGUUCUGGAAUUGGCAUCAAUUUAAUUUAUGUUAACCCUAGAAUGUUACAAUGGGGUAUUCCAUUGAUCAAGUCCUUAAGAGAAAGAGGAUUCCCAAUUCAAUCUAUGUCUAUCGGUGCAGGUGUCCCAUCAAUUGAAGUGGCAACUGAAUAUAUUGAAACAUUAGGAUUGACUCAUUUGGGUUUGAAACCAGGUUCCGUGGAUGCUAUUUCUCAAUGUAUUACCAUUGCAAAGGCUCAUCCAAAUUUCCCAAUCGUCUUACAAUGGACUGGUGGUAGAGGUGGGGGUCACCAUUCUUUCGAAGAUUUCCAUCAACCAAUCUUGCAGAUGUAUUCUAAGAUCAGAAGAUGUUCUAACAUUAUUUUAGUGGCAGGCUCAGGGUUCGGUUCAGAUGAGGACACUUAUCCAUACUUGACUGGUAAAUGGUCCCAAGAGUACAACUACCCUUCUAUGCCAUUCGAUGGUGUAUUGUUUGGAUCCAGAGUCAUGACUGCUAAGGAAGCUCAUACUUCUUUAGAUGCCAAAAAGGCCAUUGCUUCUUGUUCUGGUGUUCCAGAUGACAAAUGGGAAAGCACUUAUAAGAAGCCAACUGGUGGUAUUAUAACCGUCAGAUCUGAAAUGGGAGAACCAAUCCAUAAAAUUGCUACCAGGGGUGUAAUGUUCUGGAAAGAAAUGGAUGACACUAUUUUCUCCUUACCAAAAAACAAACUACUUGAAGCAUUGAAAAAGAAGAAGGACUACAUUAUCAAGAAAUUGAAUAAGGAUUUCCAAAAGGUUUGGUUCGGUAAGAACAAGCAAGGUGUCUGUGACCUUGAAGAAAUGACUUAUGAAGAAGUUGCUCUUAGAAUGGUUGAAUUAAUGUACGUCAAGAAAUCUAACAGAUGGAUUGAUCUCUCUCUCAGAAAUUUCUACGGUGAUUUCUUGAGAAGAAUCGAAGAAAGAUUUACUACCAAGUCUAAUUCAAUCUCUUUGGUUCAAAACUUUGCCCAACUAAAUGAGCCAUUUGAAUUCAAUGAAUCAUUUUUCGAUGCAUUCCCUCUUGCUAGAGAACAGCUCAUCAGUCAAGAAGAUACCGAUCACUUCUUAAUGUUGGCUUUUAGACCAACUCAAAAGCCUGCUCCUUUUGUCCCAGUAUUAGAUGAUAAAUUUGAAUUCUACUUCAAGAAAGAUUCAUUAUGGCAAUCUGAAGAUUUAGAAGCGGUUGUUGAUGAGGACGUCCAAAGAACUUGUAUCUUACAUGGCCCAGUUGCUGCUCAAUUCACCAAUGAAGUUAAUGAGCCAAUCAAGAAGAUUUUGGAUUCUAUUCACGACGGUCAUAUCAAGCGUUUACUUAAGGAUGAAUACAAUGGCGAUGAAAAAUCCAUUCCAGUUGUUGAAUACUUUAGUAGCAAAAAAGCUUACGACGUCAAGCAAGUAUCAGGUGUUUCGAUCGUAAAUAAAGCUGGAAAAACCAUCUACAGCAUAGGUUCCAACUUACCAAACAAAGAAGAAUGGUUCAAAUUGUUAGCCGGUAAGGAAUUAAACUGGUUGCAUGCUUUCAUUUCAAGUGACAGAAUUGUCCAAGGAAGUAACCAUGUCGCAAAUCCAGUACAUGAUGUUUUAGCUCCAGCUAUUAAUACUGUUGUCGAAGUCGAAAAUAUUAAUGAUUCUGCUAAGACUAAAUUAACUGUCUUUGAAUCAUUAAAUGGUGACUUGAAGCCGGUAGUCGAAAUCAAAUUGGCAAAGAAAGAUCAAAUUCAAUUCUCUUUAAUUGAACACAGAACUGCUGAUUCUAAACCUGUUGCUUUACCUUUCUUAUUCAACUACACUCCAGCUGAUGGAUUCGCACCAGUUUUGGAAGUAAUGGAGAACAGAAAUGACAGAAUUAAGGAGUUCUACUGGAAAUUGUGGUUCGGUUCAAGUGUACCAGUUGAUUUUGACAUUGAUGUUGAAAAGGCUAUUAAUGGUGAAGAAAUCAGUAUUACUGGUCAAGAUAUUGCUGAAUUUACUCAUGCAAUUGGUAACAAGUGUGAUGCAUUUGUCCCAAGAAAAGGAAAGGAGACAUUGGCUCCUAUGGAUUUCGCCAUUGUUAUUGGAUGGAAAGCAAUUAUGAAGGCCAUAUUCCCAAAGAGCGUCGAUGGUGAUUUAUUGAAAUUAGUUCAUUUAUCCAACGGUUAUAGAAUGAUAGUUGGUGCUGAACCAUUAAAGAAAGAUGAUUUAGUCUCCUCCAAGGCUGUGAUAAAGUCAGUCUUAAAUCAACCAUCUGGCAAAUUAGUUGAAGUUGUUGGUACCAUUUACAGACAACUGGAACCAGUUAUGGAAGUCACAUCCCAAUUCUUAUACCGUGGUGAAUAUGUUGAUUUCGAAAAUACCUUCCAAAAGGUAACCGAAACUCCAGUCCAAGUUUCCUUGAAGACCCCUAAGGAUUUAGCUAUCUUGAGAUCCAAAGAAUGGUUCCAUUUAGAAAAGGAAAUUGAUUUGUUGAAUCAAACUUUGACUUUCCGUUGUGAAUCCACAUACAAGUUUAAGUCUGCAGAAGUAUAUUCAUCGAUCGAAACAGUUGGUCAAGUUUUCAUUGAAUUGCCAACUAAGGAAAUCAUCCAAAUCGGUUUAAUUGAAUACGAAGCUGGUAAAUCUUACGGAAAUCCUGUGACUGACUACUUGAGUAGAAACGGUACUACAAUUGAACAAGCAAUUAAUUUCGAAAAUGCUAUUCCAAUCUCUUCUGGUGAAGAAUUAACUUCAAAGGCUCCUGGUACUAAUGUUCCAUACGCCAAGGUUUCUGGUGACUACAAUCCAAUUCACGUCUCUAGAGUCUUCGCAAGCUAUGCCAAAUUACCUGGUACCAUCACCCAUGGUAUGUACUCAUCAGCCUCAAUUAGAUCUUUGGUUGAAGAAUGGGCCGCUAAUAAUGUUGCCUCAAGAGUUAGAGCCUUCAAGAGUAACUUCGUUGGAAUGGUUUUACCAAAUGAUACCUUACAAACUACCUUGGAGCACACUGGUAUGAUCAAUGGUCGUAAGAUCAUAAAGGUUCAAACCAAGAAUGUGGAAAAUGACUCAGUUGUCUUGGAAGGUGAAGCUGAAAUUGAACAACCAAUUACUACUUACGUCUUCACUGGUCAAGGUUCUCAAGAACAAGGUAUGGGUAUGGACUUGUAUGAAUCAUCUGAAGUUGCCCGUGAGGUUUGGGACAAGGCUGAUCGUCAUUUUGUUGCAAACUAUGGUUUCUCCAUUUUGGACAUUGUGAAGAAUAAUCCAAAUGAAUUAAUAAUUCACUUCGGUGGUGCCAAGGGUAGAAAGAUCAGAGAAAACUAUAUUGGUAUGAUGUUCGAAACUAUUGGUGAGGAUGGUUCAAUUAAAUCUGAAAAGAUUUUCAAGGAUAUUGACCACACUACCACAUCUCAUACUUUCGUCUCACCAACCGGUUUGUUAUCUGCCACUCAAUUUACCCAACCUGCUUUGACAUUAAUGGAAAAGGCAUCUUAUGAAGAUAUCAAAUCCAAGGGAUUAGUUCCAACUGAUAUAAUGUUUGCAGGUCAUUCAUUAGGUGAAUACUCAGCAUUAUCUUCAUUGGCAAACGUUAUGCCUAUCGAAUCUUUAGUUGAUGUUGUCUUCUAUCGUGGUAUGACUAUGCAAGUUGCUGUCCCAAGAGAUGACUUAGGAAGAUCAAACUAUGGUAUGGUUGCUAUUAACCCAACCAGAGUUAGCCCAACUUUCAAUGAUAGUGCCUUGAGAUUUGUUAUCGAUGAAGUCUCUUUAAAGACUGGCUGGUUAUUGGAAAUUGUGAACUACAAUGUUGAAAAUACUCAAUAUGUCGCUGCUGGUGACUUGAGAGCGUUGGACACCAUCACUAAUGUCUUGAAUGUUAUUAAAUUGAACAAGAUUGACAUUGUUAAAUUACAAGCAACAAUGUCUAUUGAAGAUGUUAAGGAACACUUAAAGGAGAUCAUCGACGAAGUUUCUAAGCAAUCUCUUGCUAAAGAACAACCUAUUGAUUUACAGAGAGGAUUCGCUGUUAUUCCAUUAAAGGGUAUUUCAGUUCCUUUCCAUUCAUCUUACUUGAUGUCUGGAGUAAAGCCAUUCCAAAGAUUCUUAUGUAAGAAGAUUCCAAAGUCAUCUGUUAAGCCAAAUGAUUUAAUUAACAAGUACAUUCCAAAUUUGACUGCAAAGCCAUUCCAAAUCACUAAGGAAUAUUUCGAAGAAGUUUAUGAAUUGACUAAGUCUGAUAAGAUUAAGAGUAUCAUUGAAAACUGGGAAAGCUACGAAAAAGCUUAA